AUCAAGCUGUGAUGACGUCGAGGCAUUGUUCAGUGUCGGUAGUGAAUUUUCAUUAGAUUUUUUUUUGUUGGGAAAAAGAAAAUCUAAACUACAGAAUUUUCAAUCAUAGUAGACAAGUGAUUUUGCGGUAAAACGUCAACUAGUGCUCUAGUGCUAAAGCGCAAUUAACAACAGUGCAGAGCAGAGGCUCUCUAGAUAGAUAAGCAAAUCUGAAAGUGUCGCAUUGAUUAUAACAUUUUUUUGGACUUCCUGCUAAAUGCAGUAGAUAAAAAUUUUCAGUGAAUAUAAGUUUUGGACAUUAAGAGCAACGCAGUUGUUCUCGAUAAGCCCGAAUGGACGCAGCAGCCGAGAGAUCCGCUGAAAAUGUGGACUCUCCCACUGAGCAGCAAAGCGGCACCGGCGCGGAUAUUCCGGACGGCAAAGAACUAUUCGAGAGUUGGACAUUGCUAGAGACGCCGACGAAACGCUCGCGGGCGACAUCUGCCAUGGAUUCGGACGAAGACUCCGCCGGGGAAGUGCACGAUCAGCAGGUAGCAGUGCUAACCGAUAGUGACGAAGAGAAAAACGAGGAAGAAAAUGUCGAAAAGGACCCAGAAGAAUGUGCAACGGAGGCCGAUGAUGAAGUGGAAAAGGAACCGAACCAAAAUGACCAACCGAGCGGUGUGGAAAAUGUUCCGGAAAAAAAUGAAAAAUCAUCCCACGAUGAUGACGAUGAACCGAGCACGAAGAAGGCGGUUUGCGGUGAAUAUGGUGCUGAUUCAUCCGACGGUAUCAGCAUGAUAAGCAAAACUGCGGAAAGCAACGAAGCGUCCGUGCCCUGUAAGAAAGCUUCUGAACCUGAACCUGAAUCUGAACCAGAAUCUGAACCUGAACCUGAACCUGAACCCGAAUCUGAACCUGAACCUGAACUUGGAUCUGAACCUGAACUCGAACUCGAACUUGAUUCAAUGGGACACCUUAAGCUACCCGCUUCGGCUCCCUAUUCACCUAAUGAAGAAGAAAAUGAUCCCGCUGAAUAUACACUGAUGAACCUACUUACCAAUUAUCCACCAGGGAACUCCACGAUAAGACGUGUGGUACUAAAUAUUGCGAUAGGUGCGUUCGUAAUGCUAAUGGUUAACUCUGCCUUUUUCGGACCGGCUCAAAUUAAUAAAGCACUUAUCGACAAGUUACAACAAGAGAAUAACGCACUGAAGCUCGAAUUGGGUAAGUACCAGCGCAUGUAUACCCGUUCCGAAUUAGAUCCGCAAGCGCAGGAGGCUGAAGCGGUAUUGAUGCAGAGACUCAAAGAGCAAGCAACUCCUGAACCGGAACCGGUUUCGGAGCCAGAAUCUGAAUCUGCCGCUCCAACCAUGCGCAGGGUUCCAACGAUGGAAGAUUACGUGAAACGUCGAGUCGUCUGGGCCGGUGACGAUGACAAUCCGGCUUUGAUUGCCGACGACGAUUACGUGCUGCCAGACUUCUGCUACAACCUCAACGGUCACCAGGAUGCGGAGUCCGCCACCAAGUAUUGCAUUGUCAAACGAGGUAAGGUCGAAGCGAAGCUGCGCCAGGCAGAAUGGGACCAAAAACACGGCAAGCCAAAGAAAGCUGAAGAUUACCGUAAAUAUAUACAGCCAACUGAGGAGGAGGUGGAAGAAUACAAGCGCCAGAAGACUGCUCCGCCUCCGGUAGUCCCUUCGAUCUCUCCGUUAAGUUUUGACUACUCAGCAGCAUUCCAAUCAAUCAAGGAAGAGGGUGCAAUGAUCAUCAAAAGCCUCAAAAUGAUUCUAGAUCUAGAUCCAGAGGAGGUUUAUUUUGCAGAUGAUGAAGCCAGUAGCAGCUCAACGAUUGAUAGCAUUACCUCCAACGGGGCUACCGAUUCACCGAAGCCAAUCGUUAUCAAUUGGGACAGCUAUCCAACAUGGGUACGAGCAAAGUACGAACAGCAACCGGAGAUGCACAGUAAACUAGUAAAUAAAGCACAAAUGUUGUGGGGUUGGGAGAAUGGCAAAAAUCAAUUUCUUCAACACACUGGACUGAACACUCUGGCAGAGGUAAACGGUUUGACAGAGGAGGAGCUACUGCAACGAUUGCAACGCAAUACAAAGGAAGCUGAUGCUGAGCGAAGCGAAGAACGGAAGGAUCAACCUGCAGAAGAAAAUGAUAAAUUCAACGGAGAUAAGGAACACUACAAACAACAGAAAAAAGUUGACAAUGGUAAACCACAAGAGCUUAAAAAAGAGGAGAACAAGUCUAAAGAACAGGAACGCAAAGACCCCAACAAAAACUCCAAAGAAUCGUCCGAUGGCUACAUAAAUAGCAAACUUAUGGAACAGUUGGAUACCAAUCGUAAUUACAGAAAAGGUAAAAACUCGAAAGAAAAUGAAUAUAAGAAAAACGGUGAUAGUAAAGAGUGGAAAACAAAACAAAACGGACGCUCAGCCGAGAAAAGUUCGAAAGAGCAUGACAAAAAGGGUGACGACCGGAAGAAAUGGCAUGACAACGAUCGCAGUGCCGAGGGUAACGAUCAUCUGAACCUUCACAGCAGCGAUGAGUACAGGAACAAUUACAAGCACGACAAGGAACGUCACUACAAAGAUUACAAGCCAACCUAUCGGCGAGAUAGUCAUGAUGACGACGACGACGACGACGACGACGACGACGAUUACGACGAUGAUGAUGAUGACGACCAUCACAAGCAUCACAGAAAGGACGACCGGUAUCGCAAAUCGCAAAAAGACGGACGUGAUCGAAAGCAUCACAAUCACAGCAAGAGCAAGGAGGAACAACACUGGAACAAGCGACACGACGACGCAGAGAAGUGGCACGCUCGUCGUGAAUCGCACUCGCAGGAAAGACGGUGGUGAAGCCCGAAACAGUACGGGGAAUAGAUUCGUUUGAGUUUGAGCGUGUAUGUGUGUGUUUGGGUGUAACGCAACUUCUUUUGGACAAUUUUAUAUACCAAAUUUCUUUUGUAAAUAAGUGACAACUUUCGAGAAGGGAGGCGAGACAGAGUGAUAAUGCUAUAGUUUAUCAAAUUUAUACCUUGAACAAAGCUUAAUUUUAAUAAAG